AGUCAGGACCUAUGUGCAUCUCUUUCUUGUUAGUCGAGUAGAAAGCAUUCCUCCUUUGCGUCCGCAUCUGUGGUUUAAGUAGUCUACUUUUGAGACGACUCAAAAGUAGACAUUCCGCGUUUGCGUCCGCAUCUGUGGUUAAGUAGUCUACUUUUGAGACGACUCAAAAGUAGACAUUCCACGUUUGCAUCCGCAUCUGUCAACUCAUUGCAUGCAUCCAGUCGGCCCCAUGUCCAGUCGAUCGCUAAGUCAAGACCUUUGUGCAUCCGCCUUUUUUUUUCAAGUCGCGUCAAAGCCAUUCUGCAUCUUCCUCUAUCAAGUUGACAGUGUCAAGUCUUCACAUCCAGUUGGCUCCCGGUUCAUUCGAUCUGUAAGUCAGACCUUCGUGCAUCUCUCUUUUCUAGUCGAGUCAAGACCUUUCCGCGUCUGUGCCUGUCAAGUCCUCGCAUCCAGCCGGCUCCAUGUCCUGGCGAUCUGUAACUGUAAGUCUGGAACGCCUGUGCGUCCAUGCACCAUGCACCAUGCAUGCUUGCUUGGUGUCCAUGUAUCCGUGCACCAUGCGUUUUGUUCAGUACGAAACCCAUGCUAUCUUAUCUAUCCCUCUCCCCAUCCUCCCUUCCCCUGUCUCACUCCCGUCCUCCCUGCCUCCUUCCCUCCCUACCACGGUAUAGUAACUGAAGUUCCAGAGUACUUGUAGAUGACUGAAAUUAAUGGUUUUGAGACGUCUCAAAACUAAGGGCGCGGGUCCUCCAAUUCGUUAUUUCGAAAACGGUAUGAUUUCGAGGUGGUUACUGUUUUCGCAAAAUUCGCGAGGACAUUUCGCAUGUCGACAAAAUUUCUCGCCCAAAUUCAUAGCGGCGAUGGAACAUGCGUGACGAAUUUACCAGUUCGAACGGCCACUCCGCUACGUAUGAACUGCCAGCCUUUUGGCGUCGGCAAAAUCACGAAAGCCUACUGCGAAAACAACUGUCAUGUAGCCGCUGGUUGUUCGCGAAUUUCGACUGCUGGCGAAUUGACUCAGGUUUCGCACAAAUUGAAGUGAUGAGUUUGAAUUUCAAAGUUGGAACGUCCCAGCUUGGAACCUCUGAAACUGCCUGGUUCGGCAGGUUUUGAGGCGCCUCAAAACUGCCUGGUUCGGCAGGUGGUUCGAACCAUCUCUGGAGUGGUUCGUACUGCCCUAAAAUACGAAAUGGUUCGGAUUUUGGUGUUAUGCCACCGAUGUCCCGUGCCCUAAACUACUUCCCUCCGUACCACACAAGAAACGGGAUAGUAGCUAAACCCUAAAAACUAAACCCGAAACCGCCCUGAAGUUCCAGAGUACUUGUAAAUGAUUGAAAUUACCCCCCCCCCCCAACCCAACCCCCCCCCUCCUCCGUCCCCCCUCCCCUCCUCCACCUCUCUCCUCUCUCCUUCCCCCUCCCGUCGUUCCCAGUCUCUCUUCUCCCACAGGACAAGUCGGUGUCUGUCAGCCAAAGCAACUCUGCUGGAGCAGGACAAGUCGGUAUCUGUCAGCCAAAGCAACUCUGCUGGAGCAGUUCUCUCCCGCUCUGGCUCCGUGGCUGAGUCUGCCUCUCCACCCGCCUCUCCUCACCAGCUAGCUGAGAUUGGCAGAAGGGGCACUUACCCGGCUACCCAGAGUCAUAUCGCUAGUGGUGGUGUUGCUGCUGCUGCUGGUAGCGGCAGGUACUAUGAGGACUAUGGGGACAGUAGCCGAGGGAUGGGUGGGGAAGGUAGAGGUGGUGGCGGCGGUGGUGGUGGUGGGGUGAUGCGCGGUGGGAUGAUGGGUGGAGGCGGCCAAUAUGCUGUGGAGCCUCCGGGGUUUCGGGUUUACUGAAUGGGAAGAAGCGGUUUUACCCCACAUGCAGGAGGCGUUUUUCCUGGCGGAAAGAUGAAUAUGUGCAUCGUCACCACGCCUCGCAGAUCUACCUAGGCUGCUCAAGGCAGCUCUGUUACGAGGUCUUGUGUUUCCUCACUGCUAACCUCAACAAGCCAGCUGUGGUUACUAACCCUCCACUCCACAUGGAGCAUGGUGCACGACAUAGUGCAGCAUGCAGCGCUGCAAUUUUUUUAUUUUUUAUUUUCACCGUGGGGUCAUAGACUUCCACCUCUUUCGGUUUGGAAGCUAGCUUGCGUGCAUUGUAUUUUGUGUAAGUUUAGGAAAUAAGGGUGUCAUUUGUAA